UACCCCCAGCGAUGUGGGCUUCAAAGUUUAUCCGUUUGUUUCACGACACCCUAUAUAAAACGCGGAGACGUGACGAUAACGGAGUAGAGUUAGUCGGAGAUCGGAGGUCGGAGUACUGGUGUAUUAUAACGGUUCAGGACCAGGAGCGUUCUCCAGUGAGUGCGCGAAUCUCGUCGAGGCCGAAUCAUGGACUUACAGGUGAGGAUGUUGCUGCUGCUCGUGGUCGCGCUGUAUCAGCCGACGAUGCAGUUGACAUUUCGAAACAAAUUCGCCAAGAGCCGGCAAUCAACAGUCAAUUACGACGCGCCACUGCAUAGCACCAGAUACAAAUACGAGAUCAAAACGUUCGAUGUGCGCGUAAGUUAUGUGGAUCACUUUAGUUUCGCCGUACAGGACACUUUUAAGUUGAGAUAUCUCUUAAAUGAUACUUGGUGGAAAACAGAAAAUGCUCCUAUAUUCUUCUAUACUGGAAAUGAAGGUAGAAUUGAAGUUUUUGCAGAGAAUACGGGCUUUCUGUGGGAAAUCGCCCCGCAAUUCGGUGCAUUAGUAAUUUUUGCCGAACAUCGUUACUAUGGCGAAUCGCUGCCCUAUGGAAACCGAUCCUUCGCAGAUCCGCGGUAUCUCGGAUAUCUAACAUCUCAGCAAGCCCUAGCCGAUUAUGUGGAGCUUAUUGGAUAUCUGAGAUCGAAACCAGGAUACAAUCGCAGUCCAGUCAUAGUUUUCGGUGGUUCUUACGGUGGUAUGCUUAGCGCUUGGAUGCGUAUGAAGUAUCCUCACAUCGUUCAAGGUGCGAUUGCAGCCUCCGCGCCAAUUUUGCAAUUCACCGACAUCGUGACAUGUGAGGCUUUCGCUCGAAUAGCAACGUCGGAUUUUAAUAUUUCGAAUCCAACGUGUCCACAGCUUAUCCGGAAAGCAUGGAGCACGAUAACCGAGGUGACUUCGAAUGACGAGGGUAAAAAGUGGUUGUCAAAUAAUUGGAAGUUGUGCGACUCGCUGAAGACUGCAGAACAUGUCCAGAUGCUGAAAGAUUUCCUGCAGGAAGUCUAUAUAAACCUGGCUAUGGUCAAUUAUCCAUAUGAGACUAACUUCUUAGCGCCGCUGCCGGGCAAUCCAAUUAACGUUUUUUGUCAACACUUAACGAAUUCUUCGUUGACGGGAAAACCAUUGUUAUCGAUGCUUUAUCGCGCUAUUAAUGUUUACACAAACUAUACCGGUAAAGCGAGUUGCAUCUCUACAAAGAAUGCGGAGCCGGGCUUGGAUGACCAAGGAUGGGAUUAUCAGGCGUGCACAGAAAUGGUGAUGCCGAUAUGUACCGAUGGCGUCAACGACAUGUUCGAGCCGGCAGAGUGGAAUUUCAAGGAAUACAAUAAUACCUGCUUUAAGAAAUAUUCAGUAUCGUCGCAACCUUAUCUGGCUUGCCAGCAAUAUGGCUGUAAAAAUCUUAACACUGUGACUAACAUCAAUUUCAGCAAUGGAUUGCUAGAUCCAUGGGCGAGCGGAGGCGUGUUGCGCAACUUGUCCUCGUCAGCGAUCGCCAUCCUGAUACCGGAUGCCGCGCAUCAUCUCGACUUACGAGAGAGCAACAGCAACGAUUCGUACAAUGUUAUCGUGACGCGCAAAUUCCAUCAAUACUCCAUCAAGAAGUGGAUCGCAGAAUAUUGAAAAGUUUUAUCCCGGAAAUAACUUUUGCCGGCCUGUUUGAAAUUCUUUUUCUUUAUUUCUGAAAUUAUAAAUACAAAAACAGGACACGUACGCCGCGACAAACAAUAAAUAAUCAAUGCUGCCGCGUAGACUGAUUAUUGAUAACGCUAAACAAAGCGUUGACAAAAACUUAAUCGAAAAUAUACGCGAAAGUAUUUUGGUAUCACAGUAAAUAAUAAAUGCACAUGAUUCGUCGGGCAUUCUAAAAGAGUUACGAAAUAAUAUAAGAUGUUCUCAAACAACGCGAAAAUCUAAAACAUCUGAAAAAAAUGUCUGGUCUCUUUCCGACAUGUUCAUGAUACAUUUCAGACAUUUGCGUUGCCUAAAAUCUCUUGUUUCAAAUCUAAUAUCACUAAAUUACGUAAAAAUGGCUACUUUAUCAAAUAAAAACUCGUAACACUAUCGAGAUUAUUUGACACUAAUACUCGACAUUAAUUACAAUAGAAAUAUGCGCACUAUAUUAUUCAUAAUUUUUAUCUCUUUAUCGCUUUAUAUAAUUUUUGACGCGAUGUUUAUUCGAAGGAAUUAUGUAGAGUGUAAGCGAGAACAAAGCUACCAAAGAUAUAUACGAAUUUCUAAAUAUAGAAUAAAUUUUUUUCUUGAGAACGUCGGAUUUUAAACGGAAUCCAUAAAUAUUGUGUAAAUAUAUUGUGAUUUUAUAUCGUCAAUUUUCUUAAACUCUCGAGUCCUUUUUAUUCCGCAGGUACAGUAUGUUUCCAUUUUUCUAACGGACUUAUAUCGUUUUUCGCAAUCAUAAUCUCUCUCUCGCAUAUAUUGUUAAUAAAUAAAAAUGUACUUGUAAUAAUUUAAACAAACAAUUCAUGUGUGUGCUUGUAUUUUGGGGUGCUAUAUUAUAUUCUAAAGUAAAAAUAAAAAAAUCGAACACUUUUAGAUAAAA